GAUUGACUGAACUCAUCGGUGCGUACAAACUUCUGUCCGCAACAGCUGACAUCUCUGGAUCCUCGGAGAUAUACAACUUCGCCUCCUUUCACCGCUCAACAGACCAACGCUGUACUUCAAGAGAUAGACGCAACGUGAACCAGCCUGCUUGGCCAUGAUCAGCUUCUCCCAAGCAGCCAUUGUGGGCUUCCUUGCCCCAGCUGCCUUCCUUUUGCUCGGCUUUCUUAUAUGGGGAAGCUUCGACUUAAGAAGACGGCGCCGAGUGCGCCAGCUGCCUGGCAAUGAUCCCGAAACUGCCCCGAUUGGUUCCAGCCGCGCUGUGAUAUCUAUUCGCGAAGUUAAUCGCCGCUUCUUGACACUGAAGUACAGUGACUGGCUGGCAGCUAAUACCAGUUGCGCGCCUGGCAAGGGGAUCGCACAAGAAACGGUUACCGCCGUCUCGAACCACAAUGCUUCUGCUGAGGUCACCGAAUUUGGCCAGAUGAAUGAAGCUGUGUACUCCAAUGGCAUAUGCCACGACGUGCCUCCUCAUGAAUUAUCAGAGAACGGCCCAGCCCCCGAUGCCGCUGGUACUGUCAAUAUUCCUGAUGCCGGUGAUGAUCCUGCCACUGUUGCUGAUCCUUCUCAUGCCGCUCAUGCUGUUGUCGAUGCGAUCCGGUCUGCCCCCGGUACAGAGGCGAACCCUGACAUGCCCAAUGCCACCAAGGAGUGUGUCAUAUGUAUGGACGAGUUCAAUGGCCAGGAUGUGAUUCGCCCACUGCCGUGCGAUCAUAUCUUUCAUUCUUCUUGCCUAGAUCCGUGGCUCACGACACGCCACGCUUGUUGCCCAUUGUGCAAGGCGAGCUACUGCAAUUCGACGGGCAGCCGUAGCGGGUGGAUUCUUCCCAGGACUGACCCGGCUUUUCCGCCAGCGGUUGUGAUCAGACGUGAGCUCUUUCCACAUCUCUGGUAGCUCAUUCAAAGGCUUCGCACCUGGGCGUCGAGGCACUGGCUACUUACUCUCUAGAUUACAUAGAGUUGAUCCAAGAGACUCCUUUCGUUGUGUUUCCCCACCGCGACGGCGCCAUACUGCGAGUUUGAUAACGUGCCUUCCUUCUCUUGUCUCUCACUUAUGUAUCAUGAGGCC